GUUUUGUUGUUUAGUCGCAAUAGCAAAGGUAAACAAAACGAAGUUGAUCCGUAAAUUACCUGGGUGAAAUAUGGCCUACCUGUAUCAUACCUGUACAAUAAGGCUAUAAGUACACUGCAAUUGCUUAGCAUGGAUGACCUUAAGGCACUGUCGCAAUGUUUUGUUUGCAAGAAUACUCUAAAGUCGCCAAAACGAUCGGUCUGCGGCCACAGUUUUUGUCAUGCUUGCAUUAAAACAUACCUUGAAGAACAGCAAGGAAAACCCUCCUACCCUUGUCCAAAAUGUGGCUACGUCAUUUCCGCUGACCCGGAAGUAAAUUCCGAUUACAUUGCGUCACUUUCGGAUGAUGAUACUGCACAGGAAUUUAUUUUUGCGAGAGAAGAAAACAUUGAGUGCAAGUCACAUCUUCGUGCCGAUGUAGACAGUUAUUGCAAGACAUGCAUGGUUCAGUUAUGUGUACUUUGCCGACAGGAAGGGCACUCUGAUUGUGACGUCAUCAGACUUGACAGCAACUUAAAUGUUGUUUUCGAGGAAACUAAAGAAUCGCUGUUAAAGAAAUUCAAGCAAAUGUUUACAGAAUUAACGGACACCCACAGUGCUCUUUUACCCAAAGGAAGACAACUCUUGAUGAAAAAGGAACAAACAGCACUUGGUAUUUCGGACUAUUUCUCUGAUUUGCGUCAAAAAGUGACUCAGUAUUUGAUUCAGCAAGAACAAAAAGUGCAAGAAGACUUAGAAAAUCUUGUAUCUUUGGAAAAAGAUCUUUUGCAAGAGGAUUUGAAAUUGUGUACGACCUUAUUAGAGGAUGUCGAACAAAAGUUAACCACUUUCAAAAAGAUUUGCGGCGAACUGGAUAAAAUAAGUGAAACGUCAGCCUUGCGGAUUUGCACUGGGAUGAACGGACAUCUGAAUCAUCUGGACGUCGUAAGAAAUAAGCUAUCGACUGAGUCCCCGGAGACCCGGUUUAUCAUCAACACAGAACUAGAGGACGCUCUGACGUCCACUGAUCUCAUUAAGAUAGAGGUGAUAAACACCAGACAAUAUGACCAAAGACAGGACGCGUGUGCAAUGGCAAACGCCAACGAUUCGGCGCAGGCGCAGUCUGAACAGGAACGGGAAGACAGUUGUGAAACUUCAUCCAGUUCGGUUUCGUCUGUGACCGAGACCGAGUCAGAAGAAGAAAAUGAAGAAAUUCCCGACACUAACGUUUUCAUAGAAAUCAGCAACACGGAGGAACCGCCGCCGCCGUACCCAGGUGUUGUUUUCGAUCAAACGCCAGUCGAGUUGGCUGGAACAGAAGAAGACCAAACACCGAACCAAAGUGUCCAAACGAAGCCUAGCCUAUCUGACGUAAUUUCAGGUAAUUCACCAAGAGCAUUCCACUAUCUCCGUCCUGUACCCUCUGCACCCCCACCAACCAUAAUGGACUCACCCGAUGGUGGUUCAGUGUCAUCUGAAGAUCGGAGACGGCCGGUUUCGCCUCGGUCUGUGGGGUAUGCGAUCUCUGGUAGACCACAGAUUGAGGAUGACCGCUCUCCAUUGCCUCAAAGACGUCAUCAUCAACCUCAAUCUCAAGCUCACCAAUCAGUCGACAGAACACAAUCACGUGACAGACCUGGUACACAUAUUCGUCUUCAGAUGUGUUGGAAGGCAGCUUCGACCGCUAUCGGUGACAUGAAAUCGCCAAGGAUAUUCGGACUGUCAUGGAUUGACCCGGAAUAUUUACUUCUGGCCGACAGAUGGAACCACCGUCUGAAGGUCAUCCACAGCAGUGGAAACGUGGUACACGUGUUUUCUCUAGGGAACUUCCAGCCCUGGGACAUCGCAAGCAUGCCGAAUAGAUACAGCGCCAUUGCAGUACCGGAAGCCAAGAUGAUAUAUGUAAUGCUUUACGUAAAACCGGAACUUAUCAUCAAGAAGAAGAUCCCAACAAAGCGAGGCUACUCUGUCCUCACCUAUAAUCCCGCCAAUCAGACUUUUAUCGGAGCCACGCUGUCGCAGUUCUUCUCUCCUCCGGGAAUCGAUAUUCUAAACAGAGACGGUCACAUUAUGACGUCAUGUUAUCCGGAAAACACCGGAAGAACCUUCCUGUCCUACCCCCGGGGUAUUGCAGUCGUUGACGACAGGAUAAUGGUUACAGAUUUCCAGAAAAAGAGCGUCAUUUUCGUCAAGAUGGCGGGACGGGGGCACAUAUUCCAGAAGUAUCAGGGAACUGAAACGUUCCCCCUUAGAGAACCGAACGGGUUAGUGCUCAACUCACGUGACCGGUAUGUUAUUGUCAUCGAUUCCCGCUCAAACCGUCUCCACGUGGUUUCCCCAUCCGGGAGGUUUCUUGGGAUGGUUGAUACAGAGCUAGACAACGAAGAGCCGUGUAAAGCCGACAUUUUUAUUUCCCAUGAUUCCGCGCCAUUGCUAGCCAUCGCUUUCUCUAACGGAAAUGUGGCAACAUAUAGAGUUUUAGAUAGAUAGCAUGUAAAAUGUGUUAGUCCUCGCUUUCUUCAACUAAACUGUAGAUACAUUUAGAAUCGUUAAUAGAUAUUUAGAAUGCAAAACUCUACCAUGACCGGAAAGACAUGAAAAUUAUGAAGUCUGCCUUUGUGCUUUUGUUGAAUGACAAUUGCUGUGAAAUGGAUCGUUUUUUUUCGAUGUUGUGGUUGGAUAUUGUUAAUUGUAUACAAGGCUAUAUUCGCCUCGUGUUUGUUUUUGUGGUUUGCUUUUUUUUUCUCGUGCUUCUUUACUUGCAAACGUGUUCGCCCCGUCUUGAGUUUGUCCAAAUAGAGUUGCGUCAUAGACACUUCUUCUGAUUGACACGGUAGUUUUAAAAUUAUUUUGAAUUCGUUCCUUUUCCAAUUCGGUCUCUGACAACUAGGGCAAAAGGGACGAAAAUAAAACGGAGGUGAAUAUAUCCCUGAAUGCAGUAUUUCCUGUUUUGAUUUUAACAAAAUUUUGUCUUAGAUUUUUAACCCCAUUUUACUUAGGUUUUUUCAAACAUUCACUAUUGUCGUAAUGCCAUGACAAUCAUUUCCAUAUUGUGCCAUAUUUAGAAGUUGUCUUGAUAUGACAUCUGAUGUAACUUAAAGAGCAUUUAUUUCAGUAAAUGUGUACAUUAAUGUAUUCAUUAUCUUUU